AUACAACGCACCAUUACACCAGCCCUUAUUCUUAAGCGCUUUGCAUCGCGUUUGUGUGAGAUGCGGCAGUCCUGAGGGAAAAUAACUUUGUGCGCGUAUCCCUGUGGAUUCAGAGCCGGAACAGUCCGGGAAUAAUGAAGGAGGAGCCGCUGGCUGGUCUGGGGUCAGUUCGUCCCUGGCUACCAUACGAUGGGCCGGAUGCAAAACUUUGUACUCAGAGAGAUGUGGGUCUCGCCCGAGCACACUUCGAGAAACAGCCACCUGCCAAUCUGCGCAAGUCAAACUUCUUCCACUUUGUGUUGGCUUUGUAUGACAGUCAGGGUCAAUCUGUGGAGAUUGAACACACUGCGUUUGUGGACUUUGUUGAAAAGGAGAAGGAGCCAGUAAAUGAAAAGACAAAUAAUGGAAUUCACUACAAACUCCAGUUACUGUACAACAAUGGUGUCAGGACAGAGCAGGAUCUGUACAUCCGAUUGAUAGACUCUGUGACCAAAGAGGUAAUUGUGUUUGAAGGUCAGGAUAAAAAUCCUGAAAUGUGUCGUGUUCUUCUUACACAUGAGACAAUAUGCAGCCGAUGCUGUGAAAGGAAAAGUUGUGGAAACAGGAAAGAGACUCCAUCAAAUCCGGCCAUUAUUGACAGGUUCUUCCUAAAAAUUUUUCUCAAAUGCAAUCAAAACUGUCUUAAGAACGCUGGGAACCCACGAACCACACGUCGUUUCCAGGUGAUGGUGUCUACCACAGCCUCUGUUAAGGGCCACGUUCUAGCCAUUUCUGAUAACAUGUUUGUCCACAACAAUUCAAAACAUGGCAGAAUAGAGAAACGAUUGGAUUUGGCUGAAGAUGAGAUCCCAUGCAUUAAGGCGAUCAGUCCGAGUGAAGGUUGGACAGCAGGUGGAGCUUUAGUUAUUAUUAUUGGAGAUCAGUUCUUCUGUGGUCUGGAAGUGGUUUUUGGAACAAUGUCAGUUUGGAGUGAGGUGAUCACGCCUCAUGCGAUUCGUGUGCAGACUCCACCUCGUCACAUUCCUGGUGUUGUAGAAGUUACACUGUCCUACAAAUCGAAACAUUUCUGCAGGGGAGCUCCAGGGCGCUUUAUUUACACUGCUUUACAUGAACCAACCAUUGACUACGGGUUCCAGCGGCUGCAAAAGGUCAUUCCUCGUCACCUGGGGGACGUGGAAAAACUGCCAAAGGAGGUCUUACUGAAGAGAGCAGCUGACCUCAUAGAGGCAUUUUAUGGAGCCCCUCACAACAACCAGGAAAUGAUCCUGAAGCGAGCGUCUGGCAUAGCAGGUGCUCUCCACACACUCCCACGAAACCCAAACCCAUCCCACACAAACCUGCAUGGCAUGAUGGGAGUUAACUCAUUUGAUGGACAGUUAAGCUCAGACUUUUCACAGGAUGCAGAACGAGUGGGCUUAAACAAUGGCUUCAUUUCAAGCCGCACAACCCGACAGUCUGACUUCAAUGCCAGUGUAGGCAUGAAUUCACACACAGACACGAUUUCUACAAUUCCACGGCACACCAACUCAAGCGCACAAUCGUCCAUACCUGGGCACAUCCAAACAUACACAAGAUCCUCUGUGCCAAACGUCCCACCAACUGCCACACAAGGGGUCUUCAACAGUCCCACGGCAGACACAAUACAGCAAUACAUCGCAAAGCAAAAAAGUGCAUUCGCUCCUGUUUUAAAGCUACAGUCCUCUCCAACACAAGGUCCACCUCUUCCCAUUUGCAUGCCUUGCAUGGACUAGUAACAAGAUUAAACUCUCCCAGACAUGGACAAACUCCAUUCAGAACCUGAUGAUGUUCUCAAUGCAAGCAAUACAAAAUAUGAAACUUGUGUUAAUCUGAGCCAUAUAGUAUGUUUAUUUCCUGUCUGCAAAUGAUGUGGUUGGAGUUUAUGUCUAUAUACUGUGUUAGCCUCCAAUUUGGUGGGUUGUGCAUUGUCUUUCUGAUUUUAUCAUGCAACUUUAUUGGUGUACUGUUACUGUAACAACAACUAUAAUUAUUUAAAAUAAAAUCAAUAAAGUGUGAUGGUUCACUGUGUAUGUAAUCUUGUUCUGAUUGGCUGAUAAAUCUUAGUUAUCCUGUCUAAACUGAGCCCUUAUAAUAAUAUCAAAACAGCUAAAUUCAUACAUUUUUUAUAUACAUAGACUUUGCUCAUAAACUUUCCCUUCAGGAUGUCUAAUCUGCUAUGACCUUGGAAAUGUUUUGACUUUAUAAAAACAUGCUUGUUUCAAAA